AUGAGGAAACUCAGAGCAAGUGGACGCCACAUCGUUUACAUCGAUGAAACAUGGAUUGACAGCAAUUUAACUUUUAAGAAAUGUUGGCAGCAUGAUACGGUUUUGGGCGCACAGAUAAAUGUCAGUUCCAAAAAUAGACUGAUUGUUGUCCAUGCUGGCUCUUCCGCAGGAUUUAUUCCAGGUGCCCAACUUAUAUAUAAAGCAUCAGCUCAAAGCGGGGAUUACCAUGGGCAAAUGAACUAUGGAAAUUUUGAAAAAUGGGUGUUGGAAAAGCUUCUUCCAAAUUUACGACCUCAAAGUGUGGUAUGCAUGGAUAAUGCCCCGUAUCACACAAAAAUUGAAGAUCCGACACCCACGAAAUAUGCUACAAAGCAAACAAUGGUAAAUUGGCUGAUGAAGAAGACGAUAUGCUGCGAUCCCAAAAUGCGAAAAGCGGAACUGUUCAGCUUAACAGAAUGCAAUCGUCCUAAAAAAGUAAUAUAUAAAAUUGACAACAUCAUAAAGGAAAAUGGGCAUCAUGUUGUGCGUCUCCCUCCUUACACUGUAAAAAAAAAAUCUGUAAGGUUACUAAAAAACCAUGGAACUGGGAUGCAUGGGUUUUUGAGUACAGAACAGUGUUUCUUGUAA